CGGGCGCUUGCUGUGCGAGGCCGGCUUGCGAGCGGAGCCGCGGGAAAGGCGCGUGUCGGCUGCUUACUGGCGCAGCUGCUGCAGCCUCCGCCGCCGCCCCGCCCCGCCCAGGCGUUGUGGCAGGUGCCGUGGCGGACGGAGUGCGGUCCCGACAUGGGGUGGAGAGGGGAUGCGAGCGGCGCGUGUGCCGCCGCCGCGCGGCCGGUGACAGGGGUUUGCCAUAAAAUGGGACUUUUGAUUGUUCUUACUGGACUGUGGCUGUUUUCCUCAGUGAAGGCAGAUUCAAAAGCCAUCACAACCUCUCUUACAACAAAAUGGUUUUCCACUCCCUUGUUGCUGGAAGCCAGUGAGUUUUUAGCAGAAGACAGUCAAGAGAAAUUUUGGAAUUUUGUAGAAGCCAGUCAAAACUUUGGAUCAUCAGAUCAUCAUGGUACUGAUUAUUCCUAUUAUCAUGAGAUAUUGGAAGCUGCAUUUCAGUUUCUGUCACCACUACAGCAGAAUUUGUUGAAAUUUUGUCUGUCUCUUCGUGCCUACUCAGCUACAAUUCAAGCCUUCCAACAGAUAGCAGCUGACGAACCUCCACCAGAAGGAUGUAAUUCAUUUUUUUCGGUGCAUGGAAAGAAGAGUUGUCAUUUUGAUACCCUUGAGACUCUUCUCCUGACAGCUUCCGAAAGACCCAAACCUUUAUUGUUCAAAGGAGAUCACAGAUACCCCUCAUCUAAUCCUGAAAGCCCGGUGGUUAUUUUCUACUCUGAGAUUGGCUCUGAGGAAUUUUAUAGUUUCCACCAACAACUUAUAUCGGAAAGCAAUGCAGGCAAAAUCAAUUAUGUAUUCAGACAUUAUAUAUCUAAUCCCAGGAAGGAGCCUGUUUACCUCUCUGGCUACGGUGUGGAAUUGGCCAUUAAGAGCACUGAGUACAAGGCCAAGGAUGAUACUCAGGUGAAAGGAACUGAAGUGAACACCACAGUGAUUGGUGAAAACGAUCCUAUUGAUGAAGUUCAAGGAUUCCUCUUUGGAAAAUUAAGAGACCUGCACCCUGACCUGAAGGGACAGUUGAAAGAACUCAGAAAGCAUCUUGUGGAGAGCACCAAUGAAAUGGCCCCUUUAAAAGUUUGGCAGUUGCAAGAUCUAAGUUUCCAGACUGCUGCCCGAAUCUUGGCUGCUCCUGUUGAGUUAGCUUUGGUGAUUAUGAAGGAUCUUAGUCAAAAUUUUCCUACCAAAGCCAGAGCAAUAACAAAGACAGCUGUGAGUUCAGAACUUCGAACUGAAGUGGAAGAGAAUCAGAAGUAUUUCAAGGGAACUUUAGGAUUACAGCCUGGAGAGUCAGCCCUGUUCAUCAAUGGACUUCACAUUGAUUUAGAGACACAGGAUAUAUUCAGUCUGUUUGAUACGCUGAGGAAUGAAGCUCGGGUCAUGGAGGGUCUGCACAGAUUGGGAAUAGAAGGCCUUUCCCUGCAUAACGUUUUGAAGCUGAACAUCCAGCCCUCUGAGGCCGACUAUGCCGUGGACAUCAGGAGCCCUGCCAUUUCGUGGAUCAACAACCUGGAGGUUGACAGCCGCUAUAAUUCAUGGCCUUCUAGUCUACAGGAGUUACUUCGCCCCACGUUUCCCGGUGUUAUCCGCCAGAUCAGGAAGAACUUGCAUAACAUGGUUUUCCUAGUUGACCCUGCCCAUGAGAGCACUGCAGAGCUGAUGAACACAGCUGAGAUGUUCCUCAGUAAUCAUAUACCACUAAGACUUGGUUUAAUCUUUGUGGUUAAUGACUCUGAAGAUGUUGAUGGGAUGCAGGAUGCUGGAGUGGCUGUUCUGAGAGCGUAUAAUUAUGUUGCCCAGGAGGUGGAUGAUUAUCAUGCCUUCCAGACUCUGACACAUAUAUAUAAUAAAGUAAGGACCGGAGAAAAAGUGAAAGUUGAACACGUAGUCAGUGUCCUGGAGAAGAAAUACCCCUACGUGGAAGUGAAUAGCAUUUUGGGGAUUGAUUCUGCUUAUGAUCAGAAUCGGAAGGAAGCAAGAGCCUACUAUGAGCAGACGGGAGUCGGUCCACUCCCUGUCGUUCUGUUCAAUGGCAUGCCCUUUGAAAAGGAGCAGCUAGACCCUGAUGAGUUGGAAACCAUCACAAUGCACAAAAUCCUGGAGACCACAACCUUCUUCCAAAGAGCAGUGUACUUGGGUGAACUGGCCCAUGACCGAGACGUGGUGGAGUAUAUCAUGAAUCAGCCAAACGUCGUUCCACGCAUCAACUCUAGGAUUUUGACCGCUGAGCGAGAAUACCUGGAUUUAACAGCAGCCAAUAACUUUUUUGUGGAUGAUUAUGCUCGAUUUUCUAUCUUGGAUUCCCAAGGCAAGACUGCUGCUAUAGCCAAUAGUAUGAAUUACCUGUCUAAGAAAGGAAUGUCCUCCAAGGAAAUCUAUGAUGAUUCUUUUAUUAGGCCAGUAACUUUCUGGAUUGUUGGGGAUUUCGACAGCCCUUCGGGAAGGCAGUUACUGUAUGAUGCCAUUAAACAUCAGAAAUCCAGUAACAAUGUUAGAAUAAGCAUGAUCAAUAAUCCCAGUGAAGAUAUAAGUUAUGAGAAAACUCAGAUCUCCAGGGCAAUCUGGGCGGCUCUCCAAACGCAGACCUCCAACUAUGCUAAGAACUUCAUCACAAAAAUGGCCAAGGAGGAGACGGCAGAGGCCCUGGCUGCUGGAGUGGAUAUCAGGGAGUUCUCCGUCGGGGGCAUGGAUUUCAGUCUAUUUAAAGAGGUCUUUGAGUCUUCCAAAAUGGAUUUCAUUUUGUCUCAUGCCAUGUACUGCAGGGACGUUCUGAAGCUGAAGAAGGGACAGAGGGCAGUGAUCAGCAACGGAAGGGUCAUUGGGCCCCUGGCGGACAGUGAACUCUUUAAUCAAGACGAUUUCCACCUCCUGGAAAAUAUCAUCUUAAAAACUUCAGGGCAGAAAAUCAAAUCUCAUGUUCAACAGCUUCGGGUAGAAGAAGAUGUGGCAAGUGACUUGGUAAUGAAGGUGGACGCUCUCCUGUCAGCUCAGCCCAAAGGGGAUGCGAGAAUUGAGUACCAGUUUUUCGAAGACAGACACAGUACAAUUAAACUGAAACCAAAGGAAGGCGAGACGUACUUUGAUGUCGUGGCCAUCGUUGACCCUGUCACCAGAGAAGCACAGAGACUGGCCCCGUUGCUUUUGGUUUUAACUCAGCUGAUCAACAUGAAUCUAAGAGUGUUUAUGAACUGCCAAUCUAAACUUUCCGACAUGCCUUUAAAAAGCUUUUACCGUUAUGUCUUGGAACCAGAGAUUUCUUUUACUUCAGACAAUAGCUUUGCUAAGGGUCCAAUAGCCAAAUUUUUGGAUAUGCCACAGUCUCCUCUGUUCACCCUGAAUUUGAACACACCUGAGAGCUGGAUGGUGGAGUCUGUCAGAACACCGUAUGAUCUUGAUAAUAUUUAUUUAGAAGAGGUGGACAGCGUAGUGGCUGCUGAGUACGAGCUGGAGUACCUGUUACUGGAAGGGCACUGCUAUGACAUCACCACGGGCCAGCCCCCGCGAGGACUGCAGUUCACAUUAGGAACUUCCGCGCAGCCAGUCAUCGUGGAUACUAUUGUUAUGGCCAAUCUGGGCUACUUCCAGUUAAAAGCCAACCCAGGAGCUUGGAUUCUGAGACUAAGGAAAGGACGGUCUGAAGAUAUUUAUAGAAUCUACAGUCACGACGGCACAGAUUCUCCACCAGACGCUGACGAAGUUGUUGUCGUCCUCAACAACUUCAAGAGCAAAAUUAUUAAAGUGAAGGUUCAGAAGAAGGCGGACAUGGUGAAUGAAGACUUGCUGAGUGAUGGAACCAAUGAGAAUGAGUCUGGGUUUUGGGACUCCUUCAAAUGGGGCUUCACAGGAGGACAGAAGGCGGAGGAAGUGAAACAAGACAAAGAUGACAUAAUUAACAUUUUCUCCGUUGCAUCUGGUCAUCUCUAUGAAAGAUUUCUUCGCAUAAUGAUGCUAUCAGUGCUGAAGAAUACCAAGACUCCUGUGAAAUUCUGGUUCUUGAAGAAUUAUUUGUCCCCCACAUUCAAGGAGUUUAUACCUUACAUGGCAAACAAAUACAAUUUUCAGUAUGAGCUUGUUCAGUACAAAUGGCCCCGGUGGCUUCAUCAACAGACGGAAAAACAGCGCAUCAUCUGGGGUUACAAGAUCCUCUUCCUGGAUGUGCUCUUCCCGCUUGUAGUGGACAAGUUCCUCUUCGUGGAUGCCGAUCAGAUUGUACGAACAGAUUUGAAAGAGUUGAGAGAUUUCAAUCUGGAUGGUGCUCCUUACGGCUAUACUCCCUUCUGUGACAGCCGAAGAGAGAUGGACGGUUACAGGUUCUGGAAGUCGGGCUACUGGGCCAGUCAUUUAGCGGGACGGAAGUAUCACAUAAGUGCACUGUAUGUCGUGGAUCUGAAGAAGUUUAGGAAAAUAGCUGCUGGUGACAGACUCAGGGGACAGUACCAAGGUCUGAGCCAGGAUCCUAACAGCCUUUCCAAUCUUGAUCAGGAUUUGCCCAAUAACAUGAUCCAUCAGGUGCCAAUUAAAUCCCUCCCUCAAGAAUGGCUUUGGUGUGAAACGUGGUGUGAUGACGCCUCUAAGAAGAAGGCAAAAACAAUUGAUUUGUGUAACAAUCCAAUGACCAAAGAGCCCAAGCUGGAGGCGGCUGUUCGAAUUGUCCCGGAGUGGCAGGAUUACGAUCAGGAGAUCAAACAGCUGCAGACCCGCUUUCAGGAGGAGAAGGAAUCAGGAACACUGUUCAGAGACAAGACGACAAAAGAGCCAAGCCGAGAAGGACUUCAGAAACGUGAAGAAUUAUGAUCUCCAGAGGAGGCUAGGAAAUACAGGAAAGGACCCCGUUUGAAAAACACUUUUUAUAUUAAAUGCUAGUUUUUUCCAAUCUGUCUAUACAACUGCUGAUGCCCCGGCCGGGCGGGGGGCCCACCGCGGACUGUGACUUCUGCUCGCCGGCGGGCCCUGCAUCCAGAUUUGCACCUCAGAGGGAGCCAAGUGGCCAGACUCGGCGACGCCGUGAAGAGCAGUCUUCUCACCAGAGGGGGAGGUGGCAGAGGCCCCUGGAGGACGACGACGAGCCCUGUGGUGCCCACAGCCAAGAGCACCCCCGGGCUGCGCGCGGCCUUCCUUACCUCAGUUCACAGCCGGAGCUCGGGAGCUCUGCCCAAGGGCUGCACCGCCCGGGUCUGCGCCACCCGGGGCAUCAGGUUCCCCAUCAAAUUGAAACCCCACAACAAUCGUGUGUCUUCAGGGUCGGCUCGGGGCAAACUCAUCUGGGGAUAGUGGGGGUGGGUUGGGUGAGGGCGGGAUGCAUCAGGAGCAGGAGGGCUCCAGAGUGCGGGGGUGGGGGGUGAUGGAGGGAGACCAGGAGUGAGCUGUUCUCUUUUAUAAACCCUUAGUCCCAUUGUGACUGAUCAGAAGCAAAAACCACCUUCUUUUCCACCCAGCCCCACUGAACUUUUUAGGUCAUUGUUUUGUAAGCAAUUUUUAUAUUUGUGACAGUCUUUGUUUUCUCUUCCCACUUUCGGGAGAAAGCUCUGUCGUGGAUUUCCUCGCUGGAUAAGCCAUAGUCAGGCCCCCCAGGAUCCAUCUUGACGGGCUCAGGGCUCCCUCAGCAAGGUCCCCGCAUCCUGUGCCCUCUCCCUCUCUGCAGGGUUGUUCUCUCUCAAACCCCAGGGACAUGGCUUUGGCUUCUCUCUACAAAAGGCCCAGAUCCAAGGCCAGGAGAGGUCUUGUUGUGUCCAUGUUUUCCUAUACGCUGUCCUGUUCUCCUUUUAGUCGAGUGCGGUGGAUUGCCUUGGCCUUGCGGAACUGGCCAGGGCUCUGCCCGUUCUGAUGGAUGCCACAGAGUCGCAGCUUGAAGCAGGGUUAGCCCUGCAGUCGUGGCUUCCUGUCUUCCCCUCAGCGGCCCAGGACAGCCCUCCCACAGCGGCCUUUCCCGGUGACCGGGCAGUGCUGGGCGGCCCCCACCGCGGGGCCUCCAGGUGUCCUUGGCCCAUGUAGGGGUGAGGGCCAGGGCCCAGCAGCGUGGCCCUCCCUCCUUCUAGAGUCUUCUGACAGCUAUCAAGUAAUUCAUUUUUUCCAUAUUCACAUGCAAAAGUUAGCCCAGAGGUCUCUUAGUCUGUCUGAGGGAGCUUUUGAGUUUGCUUUUGUAAUCUCGUUAAAAAUUAGGGAGGAGGGAACCCAAAACUUCUUUCGAUAAAUUGAUCCGAGACUAACACGGCCCCUCAACACCGUUGCUGUUGACUCACCUGGUCAGAGCAGCCGAAGGGACGGAAUGUGUGAGAGUGGGAAACGUUUGGCCGCCUUCAUCUCAGGCUUGAUUAAGCCGCCAGAGAGGCUUCUGCUGCUGCCACUUCUGUCUACAACCAGGGGCGGAAUUGUACACUUCCCCAGUUCGUCUCCUGGGAGCUCAAGCAGGCGAUGAACUGGGGGGGGAGUAACUGGGAUGUGCUUUCUAAAUGCCAGUUCCCUGGGUCCUCGGCCCAGGUUCCUGCCAGGUCUCUCCCACACGUCCUGUGUGAGGAAGGCGCAGUGUGGCAUCUGUCCUCUGUCUGUGUGUAUCAUUGCCCCUUCUCUGUCACCCCCCUGAGUCUUCCUGAUUGUUGGAUCUAAACAUGUAAGACCCAGCUUUCUUCUGAAAUGGCCUAGGGCCCUCCUCCUCCUGCCAGGAAUUCUUGGUUCAUGUGGCAUAAACAGGUUUCACAGUGAACCUCUGAUGCCCUCGAAAGUGACUUUACCACGAAAACUUGGUCUCAGUGGCCUUUGUCUGUUGUCUCUACUGUGUGGAAGCAAAUGGUGACUGAAAAGAUAGACAGGAGAGAUCUUCGCCAAGAAACAGGAAUUGACUUCACUGAUGCGUUUCAGGCUCCUAGAAACUGUUCACAGAGCACUGUUUUUAACCAUUGUUUAUGUCUCAUGGAUUUGUUUUUCUCUCAUCAUGCCGUAAUGGAAAAUUUUUCUUCUGAAUCAGUGCCAGAGUGAUACGAAGCAAUGCGACAUGUCCAAAUGACAUGCAUGUUCUGUAAACAGUGGUGUUUGAGGUCAAAACAGGGGUACACAGCCUGCUCUGGGGGCUGUGGGAGCAUGCCUGUGUUUGGUUUUAAAAUUGUACUCAAUACCUUCCACAUUGAGAAUGAUUUGUAGUGUUUAUUUUUACCAUAAGCUUGAGAAAGUGUUGAAUCUGUCCAAAUGGCGUUUCAAAUGGAAACAGACAGCUGUUUGUCCACCUACCAAGUGCCCACGCAUUGGGUAGGCCCAUGUAUUGUGUGGACUCAGCACUGGGGCGAGCAAAGGUUUUAUAAAAAUUAAGACGUAGUUUCUAAGAAUGGAGCUUAAUUUACUCUGCCGUCCUCAGGUCCUCAUAUCAUGAACAGUGUGUAUCUGGUUGCAGAGUCCGUGGAUGAAGGGCUGACAGCUAGGGAUGGGGAUGCAGUCUCACGGAUAAUAGGGAGGAAGCAGAGGGGAUCAUCCUUUGCUGACAUUGUAACUUGGAACAGGUCAGACACCAGCCUCAUAGCAGUGAGUAUAAAAUGAUACCCCUUCACCCACUUCUCCCCUAAGAGUAAAUUUGGGUACCUGAAAGCAGUUUGUUUCCAAAAUUGCCAUGAAUAAGAGAAAUAAUCCAAUCAAUUUACAAGGGAACAUUUAGUGCAUUUUUUUUGUCUGAAUGAAAUGUUUAGUAUUCUGGUAUCGAGUUUCAUGGAAAUGGAAAUGUUUGCGUAAAACUACAGAGUGGAGUCUUUCUCUUGGUAACAAGUGGAGGGUGCGUUGUGUGCAGUUAUUUAAAUAACUACUCCAUUGUGUAACUUUAAUAACUUGUUUUUUAAGUAUUUGAUUUUUAUGGGGAUAUUUUUGUGGGACGAUGAAUCAACUUAAUUAUAACUGUUAUGUGUCUAGUUGGUGGGAUAACAUUUUUUAUUUAAAAUCAUGUGUGUAUAAUGAGGAACGAUCUUAAUCAGGACUUUGGUGACCACCAGGUUGAAUUCAAGAAAAUUAGGCUUCAUAAACUCAGGUCGUUGUUAUUUCAGAGUAUCUGGAGGAUACCAGUUUCUCUUUCAUUAUGUGGUCUCUGAUCUCUCGAUCUACCACAGAAAUGAGGGGGCGUGAGUCAGUGCCCUGAGUGGAGGAUCUCCCCUCCUCAGCGUGUCCCUGACUGCUGACAGUUUAUAAAAACAAACCACAAAAUCGGCUGUAAGCAGCUGCAUGCUCCCCAGAAGUAGUCCAGAAGUCUCAACUCCGUGGUAAUGAUUUUUGCAAACCAGAGGCCAUCUCCUGUCUCUCCCAGUGCCCUAGCGACACAGAGGCCAGGUGUGGCCGAUUUUGCGAUAGGACCCAGGUUAGGGUGUGAGCUAAGGCCUUCAUCCCCCUGUAACUUACGCAUUGCCUUACUUGUCACCUUUUAGAUUUCCACAGAAAUGGGCAUAAUUCCUCUUCAAAGUAAAAGUAGCAAAUUAUAGUAACCUAAAGUCAACAAUUUGAGAAAAAGAUAAUCAAGUACCAUGAUUUCCAACCAGUUAUUUUUGGUAAUAAGGUAAACAUGGAAAAACAGAGAAAAACAUUAGAAUUUUAAAAGAAACCAUGUACUUUAGAAAACCCUUUGUACCUAUUCUGUUUGACUGUAAUCCUCCUCCAUUAAGUGCAGCCCAGGUCCAGGUGCUGCUCCUUGCUUGGGAACAAGCGCGGGGCCUCUGAAUGCCUGCAAAGCCCUCUGCACCUGAAAUGAACUGAGAAUGAAUUUCCUGGUACUGUAAUGAAAACAAGGUCUGCUGAACACAAUAAACAUUUUCCUUCUCUUCUUUAAAA